GUCGUUUGCUCGUUUUCACCAUUUGCGUUGUAAGGCAUUUAGAACUAUCCUCUUCUUGUUCCGCCUAUCAGUUUGUCUUUGUCUUAUGGUUGUAUUAUUUCUGAUUGUUAUCGAAUACUUUCUCUCAUAAACGUAAGUGCAUUCUAUGCGCCCACUGAAUCGUCGGAUCACACGUUGCUCCUUACACUCUACCAGCACAAAGUACCUUCUGGUUAAACGCAGACUUACCAAAGGCUGGAGUUACAGCGUUAUCGAAACCAGCUGUCAUUUUCCUUUGCUUUGUGAUUUAAUUACUUAUCUUAAGAGAAUUGUGAUAUGCCUUCCAGUGUUAUCCUAAAUUAUUACGAGUCUCUUGUGCACAGAGAUGAUUUAGAUACCUUGAACGAAGGUUGUUUCGUCAAUGACAACAUAAUUACAUUCUAUCUGGAAUAUUUACGUCAUACAAAACUGUGUCACGCGUCAAAUAUCCUACUUAUGGAUCCAGCCGCAUCUCAACUUUUAAAAUUAGCGGAUGAAGAAUCAGUAAAAUUGGUAUUGGAUCCUUUAGAACUGAAGUCAAAGGAUUGGAUAUUCCUAGUGGUCAAUGAUUCUGCUUCACGAGUUUCAUCUGGUGGAUGCCAUUGGUCACUAUGCAUCUAUUCACCACUUCUAAUGCACGGCUUUUACUUUGACUCCUUGGACUAUAGUCCCAACUUUUCAGGGGCGAGAAUUCUGUGUAACAAACUAUCCACAUUUUUAGGUAAUUCUGUCGUAGAUAUUGAGCUGCCUAAUGUCAUGAAGCAGAAUAACGGAUAUGAUUGUGGAAUAUUUUGCAUAGUAUUCAUAGAAAUAAUAUGUGAUAUGAUUCUGAAAGGUGAUAUGUCUUGGCAGACAGGUCUGUCGAACGACAUGGUUUCCCAUCAAGUAAUUCACAAAAGGAAAUCACUAUUAGAAUGUAUCAAUAGAUUAUCAAGAGCAGAUGCGUAGGCUGAUCAUCAAGAUUCCUAGAAGGGUGUUGCUCAGUAAACAGGCAGACCUGAGGUCUGUUUGAUAUUUUGCUACUCACAGAUUAUUUAUGUGCUAUAUUUUACCCCAAUAUACUAUGUAAACAAUAUGUCUUC